CCGUGAUCGCACGUAUUUUUUUAGCAGUUGAUUAAGCAGUGAAUGUCUACAAAGAAAGAUAUGGAUCACGGAGACAACCAGAACGGCUCUCACUGGCUUGAGGACCACGAGGAUGCAUACUGUGAUGAUUUCCAGGGCGAAAUGCAUGAGCUGGAGCACCUGCGGAAGCUCUUUAUCGGCGGCCUGGACUACCGGACGACGGACGAAUCGCUGAAGGCGCACUUCGAGAAGUGGGGCAAGGUCGUGGAUGUGGUGGUGAUGAAGGAUCCCAAGACGAAGCGCUCCCGCGGCUUCGGCUUCAUCACUUACUCGCGCGCGUACAUGGUGGACGAUGCCCAGAAUGCGCGCCCGCACAAGGUGGAUGGGCGCGUGGUGGAGCCCAAGAGAGCGGUUCCCAGGCAAGACAUCGUGCGUCCGGACGCCGGGGCGACGGUGAAGAAGCUCUUCGUGGGCGGACUGAAGGACGAUCACGACGAGGAGAACCUGCGCGAGUACUUCCAGAAGUUUGGCAAUGUUUUGACCAUCAAUGUGCUGACAGACAAGGAGACGGGAAAGAAGCGGGGCUUCGCAUUUGUCGAGUUCGAUGACUAUGAUCCGGUGGACAAAGUAGUGCUGCAAAAGCAGCACACUAUCCGCAAUAAGUUGCUGGACGUGAAGAAGGCGCUGUCGAAGCAGGAAAUGGACCGCAAUCAGGGCACUGGCGGGAGACCUAGCGGCGGACGUGGAAACAUGGGCGGCGGAGGUGGUGGCGGCAGCCGGGGCAGCCAGAACUGGAACAGGAAUGUGUCCAACAGCGACAACUGGUCGAAUGGCAGCAACUACGGCGGCGGAUACGGGAAUCAAGGCAGCGGCGGCAGCUGGGGAAAUCAGAUGAACCCGUGGGACAGCGGCCCGAAUCAGGGAGGCUGGAACCAGGGCGGCAACUACAACUCCGGCAACGGGAGCCAGGGCGGAAACUGGGGCAAUGAUGGCUUCGGCGGCGGCUACCAGCAAAACUACGGCGGCGGUCCGAUGAGGGGCAACAACUACAGCCAGGGCGGCAGCAGAAUGCAACCUUAUGGCAACAACAUGGGCGGCAAUGGAGGCAACUAUGGGAUGAAUGGAUACAAUUCCAACAAUCAGAGCGGCGGCUACGGAUCCACCAACAUGAUGAGCAACAGCAUGGGCGGUGGAAGCAAUCGGCGAUAUUGAAAUUUAAUCCAUCUCCAGGUUCAAUAGGCUGACGAAUAAGAAAAAUAAACAGAAUAGCUAAACUCUAGUAUCAAGCAGAAACAUCCCAUGAUAGGGCGAACUCAGAUAGGCAGACAGAUCGAGAUUUGAGAAGAGAGAAGAGUAAGAAGGGGACACAGAGAAGAGAAUGGGGAUUUCGUAGACGUAUGAUCAAUCUAUUUUAAACGUAUUUAUAGAUAAUAAGUAGUUCUUAAUGUAGAUGUUACUUCACACUAUCUUCAUAAUGGUAGAAGGAAGAACAUUGAAAUCACAAACAAAUAUAAAUUUCUUAUAAUUCAUAUAUUCAUCAAAAACACCAAAACGAUGUGAAAGAACCUGAAGAGAGGAGGAUUUAUAUAUGAGCAAAAGUCAUGCUGAAAAGAGAAGAAAAUACGAGAUAGAUUUUCAUUUUUUGUAACUCAACUGACGUAUAAUAAAGAUACUGAUUUUAAUAAUACUAACAGAAGAAAUAAAUACAAAAAAUAAUAUUCUUAGAUGAUAAAAAAAACCCUAGAUUUGUAUUUCAAGGAAAUGCUACACUAAAACAUACUUUAUAUUUUGAAAACAGUAGAAAAGCAAGAGUUUUUUUUCUAACUUCUAAUGCAAAGUAUAUUUUUCAAAAUUUCAUCCUUGGUUUUUCCUUUAUUUCUUUGAUCUGUCGCGAUUUUCGUCGUCAUUUAGUCAUCAUAAUUAUUUCUUUAUGAUAAGGAGAAAACUUUAAAAUUCGUGCAACAUUUUCUUAUUAAUGCAAAAAAAGAAUAUAUUUUUAUUGAUUCCAAGAAUUUAUUUUGUACUAUAUAACGAAUUAAGUGUGUGAAGAAAUAUGACAUCCAAUUUUAAAUCAAUUAUUUAUUGUAAUAGUAAGAAUAUAAGGCAUAGAAAUGGAAUUUUUUGUAAAAGAGAUUCAGCUUAUGUGAAUUGAUAAUGUUUGAAUGUAGACUUCUUUGAGAGGAAGAUAAAAGCGUAAAAUAAAGUAAUAUUCAUAGAUUUAUGAUGAGUAAAUAUAAUAGAUUUUUAUUUGCAAGGUUUUUUUGAAAGGCAGAACCGCAGCACUAUCGUGAAUGAAGUUAAUAAACUAGAGAAGAGGCGACUUAUUUCAGGCAGAAAAAGCAAACAAAUAAGAGAGAGAGAGAAAGAGAUUGAUUAGGGCGAAGGAAGUGAGAGGCAGGAAAAGUUAAACUAAUAAUGCGUCCGAUAGAUGAUAAAUGAAAAAGAUUUUAGGUACAGUAUAUUCAAAAUUACUUAUUAAUAUAAUUACAAUAUACAUAGAACAGGAUGAUAUUAUAAUUUGACGAGCAAAAAGGAAGACCUAAUGAUCAAAAAAUUAUAAUUCAUUCACAAAACAAACACUGAUAUCUUUUACAAAGAUUGUAGUGAUAAAUCUUGUAGGCGAAAUGUUCUAAUAUUCCUUCUCAUUCUCUCUUCUAUCCAAGGACUUUGUAGCGGAAGACUGAAGAAACCCGCAAAAGAGGUUUUUAUCCACGACGAACGCCAAAGACUCAAUGAGGCUGUGAGCAUUUUUCCUGCAUGAUGAGAAAAUAUCAGGGAAAAUGGGGGUAAGUUUAUGUGCGAUUACUUCGCGAGAGUAAUUUUCCAGUGAUGGCUUUUUUCUCAAGAGCCGCUGACUAAAGUAUAAGAUACGUUUUUUGUAUCGAGACUAAUGAAAUAAAGAGUAUUUGCUGAAAGCAGA